AUGGGUUUGACAAGAAGCACGAGCUGCAGUGCAAUUAUUGAAGAGAUGACUCCUGAAUACAAUGUGGUGGCUGAAAGUAUGGUUACCAAAGAAGUUGAAGGGGAUGCUUCUGGAAGAAGUCUUCAAUCCAAAUCAGAAUCAGAUAUCAAAUCUUCAACACUUAAAGAAGUCAUGAGGGAGGAUCUUAAAGAAGAGUACAUCAGUUACAUGGCGGAGACACCUCGAGCCAUUGGAUCAACAAAGGAAGAUAAUGACUGGGAUUUGUUGUUUGAGGAGCAAAGAAGGAAGAUAAUAAAAUUGUGGGAUGAAUGCAACAUUACAUUGAUUCACAGGACCUACCUUUUCUUGCUCAUCCAAGGCAGUCCAUCUGAUUCCGUCUACAUCGAGAUCGAGCUCCGCCGACUAUCCUUCCUCCAGAAAGCAGUACAUCACGCCUCAAGGGCAAUGGAUUUGGAGAGGGCGAUGCUAAGCAGGAAACUACUGAGGAAAUACUCAGCAAAGGAAAGGGAAGGCCUUUUUCUACCAGACCACCUGCAGAAAGAAGCAUUCCAACACAUGAUUUUGAUCCUCUUGCCACUGCCACAUGCAAAGGAAUGGUUUUUUGCACAUUCCUUAUGUUCACAUCAACUCCAGCAUAAGGAAUAA